AUGGGUUCCGAAGCAAAGGCAAAUGUUCUGCUGGUCGGCAGCGGCGGUGUCGGCACCAUUGGCGCUCUGAACCUCGAAGUCGGUGGACUGGCAAGCGUCACUGCCGUUCUGCGGUCCAAUUACGAUGCGGCGGUAAAGAAUGGCUUUCACAUAAAGUCCUGUGAUCACGGCGAGAUCGCAGGCUGGCGGCCCUCUAAGAUCGUCAGGAGCGUCCCCGACGUCCAGAAAGAAGGCCUUAAACCUUUCGAUUAUGUCGUUUGCACGACCAAGAACAUUCCAGACGUCCCGCCGACGCUCGUCGACCUGAUCACGCCCGCCGUGACGCCGGGCCACACGACCAUCGUGCUGGUCCAGAACGGUCUCAACAUCGAAAAACCCGUCUUCGCCGCCUUCCCCAACAACGCCGUGCUCUCGGGCGUCAGCUUGAUCGGCUCGCACGAGAUCGCCCACGGCGUCAUCGAACACGACGACAACGACCGACUCCAAGUCGGCGCCUUCCACAACACCAACCUCGACCCGGCGCUGCAAGAAAAGGCCGCGCGGGACUUUGUGCGCAUCUACGGCGCCGGCGGCAAGACGCAGUGCGACUUCACCGACAAUGUCGGCUACAGCCGCUGGCGGAAGCUGGUGUACAACGCGUGCCUGAACUCCAUCUGCGCCAUCACCGGCCUCGACACGGGCCGCAUCCGCCUGGCCGACUGCGCAAUCGACUACUUGGUCCGCCCGGCCAUGGAGGAGAUCAGGGCGGCGGCGAAGGCGGCCGGCUACGAGCUCCCAGCUGACGUCGCGGAUACGAUGAUCGAUAUGGAUCCGUUGACCAUGUACCUGCCGCCAAGCAUGCUGAAUGAUCUGCGAAAGGGCAAUUUCAUCGAGGUCGAGAAUAUUCUAGGCGAGCCUCUGCGCGAAGGAAAUGCUAUGGGCGUGCCAAUGCCAACGUUGAACGUACUGUAUGGGAUGUGCAAGGCCAUCCAAUGGCGGACGAAGGAGUCGCGAGGUUUGGUGAAGAUUCCGCCGAAGGACAACUUCGUCGCGAACCCAUGA